AUGGCAGCGCUAUCAGCCUUGGGAAGGUUGUUGACGGUUCCAACUUUAUCAUUUCAGUUUCUGGGCCUUCUCACUGCCUUUUUUUUAAUCAGUGGCUACCUCAUACGCCUUGCUCUGCUCCCCAGGCCAAUCCCUGGUAUUCCCUACAAGAAAUCUUGCGCUAAGAAAAUCGCUGGCAAUGGCUUCGAGAUGCUUGCAUGGAAACAGAAACAUGGAGAAAUGUUUGGCUACUUGUCCCAGUUGGCCUUGGAACUCAAUGCCCCCAUUUUCCAGAUAUUCGUUCACCCGCUAGGAAAGCCAUGGGUGGUUAUUGCCGACAACCGCGAAUCCAAUGAUAUCAUGGCUCGAAGAACCAGCAGAGAUUUCGAUCGUUCCAUCUUCUUGGGAGACCUCAUGUCAUCUCUUUCGCCCGAGUUUCACUUCCAUAUGCCAACCGGUGAAAGAUGGAAAUCGCAUCGAAAGCUAGUGUCUGAUACUAUGUCUCCUGCUUUCUUGAGCGUGGUCGCAGGUCCACAGAUGUGGAAAUCCAGUAUGAAAGCCAUCGAGCUCUGGCAAACCAAAGCACGACUGGCUGAAGGUCGGCCAUUUGCGAUAAUAGAGGAUCUACGCAAGGCAGCGUACGAGAUAAUCUGGACCACAACUAUGGGAUUCGAGACAGGUGUAAUGAAGGCCCAGUCUGACCUACUUUCUUCAUUGCCAAAGUUUGAGAAACUACCGCACAAGGAUCAGGAAAUCGUUUUCCCCGUCGCAACAGAUCCGCCAAUUUUCAAGGCCGGGAUGGCACUCAAUGACACCCUACAAGACGGAAUUCAAUCUCUUGUUCCUACUCUAUACUUGUUCUUGGCUUACAACGCAGUCCCUUCACUGCGUGCCGCGCGAAACCUCAGGAAUCGUAUGAUUGAAAGCGAAAUAAAGAAAGCAGUCGAAAGAUUCGCCAACAAGACAGACCUCGAAUGGGAAGACUCAAGCAACAUGCGUCGAUACAUGAAGAGUGCAAUGGAUAUGGUCAUUGCGCGAGAAUUGCAGUAUGCCCGCAAAGAAGGCCGCACACCAGAACCUUUGAGUCGCAUUAUUCAGGAUGAGCUCUUCAGUUUCAUGCUCGCUGGAAACGAGGUUUAUACAGUGAUCCUUUGGACUCUAAAGUUCCUUACUGCUCACCAGGACGUUCAGACCAGGCUACGAGAAGAACUUCAUGUUCAAUUAAAGCAGGCGCUUGACACCGGUGCUACGCCUUCUUCAUCUGAGAUUAUCGCAGCCAAAUUGCCUUAUCUCGACGCUGUCAUGGAAGAAUCGCUUCGUUGCGGUGAGAUAACUCAGACCAAUAUUAGGACGAGUCAACGAGAUGUCGUCAUUCUGGGCCAUCAUGUUCCCAAGCAUACCGAAGUGUUGAUGCUCAACAAUGGCCCGGGCGUUUUUCUGCCUCCGCUAGACGUUGAUGAGAGCCUAAGAUCAGAGACCUCGAGAGGCGCAGUCGAAAAAGUUGGUGAAUGGGAGUCGAAGGGCAUGAGAAACUUUGAUCCCAACAGAUGGCUUGUUUCGGAUGAUCAAGGGCAGAUCUCAUUCAAUCCUUCUGCCGGAGCAAGACAUUCUUUCGGAGCUGGUCCUAGGGGUUGUUUCGGUCGCAAGUGGGCUAUGCUCGAAGUCAGGAUCAUGGUAUCCCUCAUUAUUUGGAAGUUCCGACUUGAGGAAAUACCCGCGGCUUUGGCGAGCUUCAAGCCUAAGCCAGGGCUUGCACACAGGCCGGAGAUGGCGUACGUACGUCUCAACGCUCUAUGA